AUGAUGGCAUGCGCAGACCAUUUGUAUUUGGCAACAGGGCCAGGUCGCUGCUAACUUGCCGCCGCCAACUCCUCCGCACCUCUCCACCAAGUCACCCUGCGACCCCUACCGCGUACUUCGGUGGCCUAUUGUCCUCUCUUCGUCUUGGGUGGCGCGGAUGGAUAAUGCUGAUCCGUCAGAAUUUCUGCGUUUGGCCGUGAGAUCGACCGAGCUCACGAGGCGCGCGCUCCGGUAGCCUGGACAAGACGCCGGCGAGCUCAUCACGAGGCGCAGGUUCCGCUAGGACAAGACGCCGGCGAGCUCAUCACGAGGCGCGCGUAGGAGGACCAGACGACGGCGGGCCGGGGGUGUAUUGCAGUACGAAGAACACACGGCCUACUUGACGACAAGGAGAGGCAGGUGACAGCAAAGGAAAAGUGCUCCGCGCUCAAGUGGAAGUGAGAAGACAUGGCACCUACGGCUGGAAGAGAAAGUUGGUUGGACGGGACCGAGAGCUCCGGCACGACGCCGUUGGAGACACCAACGGCGACACCACUUGCAACUCCGAUUUCGGCGAGGUCCGUGAGGUGGGAGAAGGACGUCGAGGAUGCGGCGGCUGGCGCUCUGCAGCGGCCACUGCUCUACAAGCGCGGCACCAACACGACGUCGCAGAUGGCCAUCGUCGGCGCUAACACCUGCCCCAUUGAGAGCCUCGACUACGAAAUUGUGGAGAAUGACGUGUACAACCAAGACUGGAGGUCAAGAGGGAAACUUCAGAUCUUCCAAUACCAGGUCCUUAAAUGGGUCCUGGCACUUCUUGUAGGUGUAGUCGUCGGCCUAGUUGGGUUCUUCAGCAACAUCGCUGUCGAAAACAUCGCCGGGUUCAAGUUGCUCCUGACGGGCGAUCUCAUGCUCCAGAACCGGUACCUGGCUGCUUUUGAGCUAUACAUCGGUUGCAACGCAGUGCUGGCUGCUGCGGCUGCAGCGCUGUGCGCUUACGUUGCCCCGGCGGCGGCCGGCUCUGGCAUCCCUGAGGUGAAGGCGUACCUGAAUGGCAUCGACGCGCACUCGAUCUUAGCGCCCAGUACCCUCUUAGUGAAGAUUUUAGGCUCGGUAUUAGGAGUGUCUGCUGGAUUUGUCCUGGGCAAGGAAGGCCCUAUGGUGCACACCGGUUCUUGUGUCGCCUCCUUGCUCGCGCAAGGCGGGUCACGGAAGUAUGGCCUCACUUGGAACUGGAUCAGGUACUUCAAGAAUGACCUGGACCGAAGAGAUCUCAUCACCUGCGGAGCUGCAGCUGGGGUGGCGGCGGCCUUCCGCGCCCCAGUUGGAGGCGUGCUCUUUGCGCUCGAAGAAGUUACAUCAUGGUGGCGGAGCGCGCUUCUCUGGAGGACCUUCUCCACGACAGCGGUGGCGACCAUGGUGCUGCACGCGCUGAUCACCUACUGCCGUGGUGGCCACUGUGGCCUGUUUGGCAAAGGAGGGCUGAUCAUGUUCGAUCUCAGCUCACGGCAGGCGACGUACACCGCAACGGACCUUGCCGCAGUCGUGUUACUCGCCGUCCUCGGCGGUCUGCUCGGCGCUCUUUUCAACUUCCUCGUCGACCGGGUCCUUCGCGCAUAUAGCAUCGUCAACGAGAAGGGCGCGUGCUACAAGAUCGUCCUGACGGUGACCAUCUCGGUGAUCACGUCGUGCUGCACCUUCGGCUUGCCGUGGCUGACGGCGUGCACCCCUUGCCCGCCGGAGCUCGCCAGUAAGUGCCCGACCAUCGGGCGCUCCGGCAAUUUCAAGAACUUCCAGUGCCCGCCGGGGCAGUACAACGCGCUGGCGUCCCUCUUCUUCAACACCAACGACGACGCCAUCCGCAACCUCUUCAGCGCCGGGUACGACAGGGAGUUCGGCGUGUCCACGCUCCUCACCUUCUUCACCACGGUGUACACCCUGGGCCUGCUCACCUACGGCGUGGCCGUGCCGUCGGGCCUCUUCAUCCCCGUCAUCCUGUCGGGCGCCUCGUUCGGCCGCCUGGCCGGCACGCUGCUGGGCUCCGUCAGCGGACUCGACCCGGGGCUCUUCGCGCUGCUCGGCGCCGCGGCCUUCCUCGGCGGGACCAUGCGGAUGACGGUGUCGGUGUGCGUCAUCCUGCUGGAGCUCACCAACGACCUGCUCCUGCUGCCGCUCAUCAUGCUCGUGCUGCUCAUCGCCAAGACGGUGGCGGACUGCUUCAACAAGGGGGUGUACGAGCAGAUCGUGCGCAUGAAGGGCCUCCCCUACCUGGAGGUGCACGCCGAGCCGUGCACGCGGAGCCUGGUGGCCGGCGACGUGGUGUCCGGCCCGCUCGUCACCUUCUCCAGCGUCGAGCGCGUGGGCACCGUCGUCCACACCCUCAGGAGCACGGGCCACAACGGGUUCCCCGUGAUCGAGGACCCGCCGUUCGCGCCGGCGCCGGAGCUUUGCGGCCUCGUCCUGCGCUCCCACCUGCUGGUACUGCUGCAGGGGCGGAUCUUCACGAGCGACCGCGUCAAGACAGGCGCCGCCGAGGUCUUCCGCCGGCUCGCGCCGUUCGACUUCGCCAAGGCCGGGUCCGGGAAGGGCAUCAAAGUGGACGACCUGGACCUGACCGAGGAGGAGAUGGACAUGUACAUGGACCUCCACCCCAUCACCAACCGGUCACCGUACACCGUCGUGGAGAACAUGUCGCUGGCCAAGGCCGCCGUGCUGUUCCGCGGCCUCGGCCUCCGCCACAUGUGCGUCCUGCCGAGGACGCAGGGGGUAAGUAUGCCAGUCGACACCUUCGUUUCUAGUUACGUGCGUGCUUUUCGUUGCAUCACGCACGUCUGAAACUUUCUGUGGUUUCGCAUGCGACGUGACACGAAAUACGAUUUAUUUUUUCGUUGUGCAGCGGCCGCCGGUGGUGGGGAUCCUGACGCGGCACGACUUCAUGCCGCAGUACAUCCGCGGGCUGUACCCGAACGUGCUCCCUCGCUAGAACGAGAGAAAGCACGGCCGCCACGCGAAUGCCAUCCCAUUGCAUUGAACUGCAUUAUGUAUAGGGUUUUUAUUUGUUUACUAUAGGCUUUCAAUGUUUUUCGAACAAAAAACCUAGGCUCUUCAGUCAGCGCCCUGUCCCCUGCGACUAAAGUGGUGUGCCUGAAUAUUUUUCUCAGAACUGACAAACCCGAGACCAUAGUAUUAUAUCUUACAGAUAAUUACUUGAUUUUGUUUCAAAUAUUCGAACCAAUUUUGUUUAGUAGAGAGUUUACAGCUUGACAAACAGCACCAAUAUUGAAAGCUCAAAGCUCCACUUUGAUUUUGUGUGGAUAUAUUUUCUAAAGUGCAAACCUGAAGUUGAGGCCAUUUUUCUCCAGUUUCGGCUGUUGAACCAGAUGAAGAACAACCUCAUGAUGCACAUGAAGAGGAGGAAGUUGUAGCCAAGCCAGCACCCAAUACGCACCAGACUAUUAAAUAACAUUGUUAAGGCAAAGCAGCUCACUGAUGGGGACCAUUCAUUAUUCUAAUUAUUCUAAGUAGUGUGGCUUAUAUUCUGACAGCCCUAGCAGCCACUUCAACAACAAAACCUACUGGAUUUGAGGAAGAUUUAGCACAUCCUUGUUUGAAACAUGCAAUGGAUGAAGAGUAUAUUGCCUUGAUGAAGAACAACACUUGGAUUAUAGUUCCACACCAGAAAGGUAUGAACAUUAUUGAUGUUUGAUGGAUGUUCAAGUUGAAAAGGAGACAUAAUGGUUCAGUUGAUAGGUAUAAAGCUCGGUUAGUUGCAAAAGUCUUUAAGCAACAACUAGUAGAAUGCCCGUGCGUUGCGACGGCACAUAAUCACAUAGACGACGUCUUUUAAUGUACCUUCUUCGUUUUACAUGUGCAAUGGUCAUUUUCGGAUCACCCAGUCUCGUCAUUUUCCUACACGAGCAAAGACCCACGAAUAG